GAAACUAAUACAGUGGUCAUGGAUCACUUAACAGCGCUGUACGUUCUCAUUUUCCUGCUCUCGAUAGCCUCUACGACCGACUCACCAAGGGAAUCCCGUCCCGGAUGCACCAUCUCCAAGGUCCAAAGUCCGAGUUUAAGAUUGUACCGGUGGGUCCCAGCGUGUUCCCGACGCGGGCUGAUGGUGUCGAUAUCGACUUCGCCCACGGCCUGGGGUCCAACCCCGACACGACAUGGAGAGCAAAGGCCCCGCCCACUCACGAGGCAGCGGUCCCAGAGAGCGAAUGGCUCGUGACGGGAACAACGUUCGAAACGACGGUCUGGAUGUGGACCAUUACGGGCUAAACAAAUUCGGCUUCAGAAGCUCCAGCUACGAGAAAAUCAAGUCGAGGCUUCUCAAAGUAACCCAGCACUUGGCUAAGACGGAAAAGCACCACUACUCGGUUCCAGUCGAAAGGUCAGGCACUUAUACCGACCGUAUUGAGCCCUCAAGGGAUCUAGACCAAAAAUUGCAAAUACACCAUGUGAAUGGAGGCAUCCCGCAUGCGGUUAUUCUUCAUGGCCUGGGCGGUACCGGUAAAUCUCAGAUGGCGCUGGACUACGCGCAGAGGAAGAAAGGUCAAUACAACCCCAUCCUCUGGCUCGAUGCGACGAACGAGGAGUCUGCGCGAUCCAGCUUCAAGCGAUGUGCCACGGAGCUGCAAAUACACGUCGAGCGUGCCGAAAACCAGGGCUCGGUCUUCGAAGACUCGGCUGUCCAAGCAGUAAACCGAUGGCUUCGCGACAGGACUGAGGCGGACGACCAGUGGCUCGUCAUAGUCGACAACGCCGAUGAUAUCGAUUGAGGCGUCAAGAAGAUUAUACCCAAGGGACAACACGGAAGCAUUCUCAUAACCAGUCAAGACAGCCGAAGUACGCAUCUCCUUGAUGAGGUUUGCAAACGGGUUCACAUCGAUGUCAUGUCGCAGACCGAGGCAGCGACACUUCUCCUCAAACACCAGG